AUGAUCUAUCACGGAGCCACGAGUCAUGUGCAAACCGCGGCAGGACAGUCAAAACCAUUCCGCAUAAAGACCGGCGUGCAGGGAUCGCUGCUCUCUCCUUUAUUCUUCAUCACAGCUACGGAUGCGGUGACGGAAGGUCUCAAGCGACAGCCUCCACGGAUUCUCCUCUAUGCAGACGAUGUGGUGUUGAUGGCAGAAGACAGAAAAGAAAUUGAAGAAGAAGCACAGAGAUGA